CGGCUGCAGCCUUUUCUGCUUCCUCAGCAGCCUUUCUCUCCCUAAAGUCAACGACUGUGAGGUAGAUCACCCCUGCACUGAACAAGACGAGUGCCACGCCUGCGGCCACAACGAGCACAGAGAUAAGAUCAUUUGUCAAAACUUCGGAGCCGCUCAACUCUACUGGUUCUGCACCUGCCCGCCGCUCCCACAACAGGGUUGUCCCGGCGAGGAAAAGCGAACACCAUCUUGCAGACGGCGAAGAACCAAAAGGAGUGCCGAGUUCUGUUUGCUUCGAGUUCUCUCCGUGAGAUGGCGCCAUUGACUGGACGACCGGCAUUGUGGGCUCUGUCGCAACCUCGCCUGUGUGCACGCUUGACAACAAAAUGGCUUCUGCAGGAACUUGGUCCGCAAACAGGUCGGAAUGCAUUGUGCAUAUAUGCUGCGACAUGCGCCGGCGCAUCGUCAAGGCCAAAGAGUCGUGUUGCCUUUGCGUAGAGCCCAACGCGCUAUCUUGCCAUCGUAUCAUUCCAGAGCACACAGCUGUGCUCAAACAGUUCUUCGCUUCGACAUGGUGGAAGGGGUGGCUUGAGGUUGAAACCUGUCGGUGGUGGUCCCGCCGUGCCACGACCGGUAGUACAACAGUGGACACGGAAGUGGAAUAAACCGGUUCCAAACUGAUUCUCGUGGACAUCGACAUUGUGGCUGCGGCCUCUGCUGCCUCUGCUGCGGCCACUGCUGCCGUUGCAGCUGGCUUGCUGCCGCCUCUGCUGUGGCUGCUUCCGUUGCCGCCUCCUCCUCUGCCCUGCUGCUGCCUUCGCUGGUGCCUCUGCCGGUACCACUGCUGCUGCCUCUCUGCUGCUAAUGACACUGCUAUUGAGGGCCUCCUCGCCAAUGGGCGCGUAACGUUGCAACACUUCCUUCCCUUUCACCCACGGAGGGAACAGUAGAAACUUCCCACGUGCACCGUUGUUCCCUAAAUAGCCGUGGGGGGUACCUCUGCUGCUGCCUGUCCUGCUUCCUCUCUGCUGCUAAAGACACUGCUAUUGAGCGCUUCCUCUCCUAUGGUAGAAACAUUGUGACACUUCCUUCCCUUUCACCCACAGAAGGGAACAGUACAAAUUUACGAUGUGCACUGUUGUUCCCUAAAUAGCAGUAAGACACUGUUUUCCCUCAAUCUCGCAGUACUGUGCCCAGAUAACAACAUUGACUGAAAGUCUGAAACAGAUUACAGUUUCUGACGCCUCGUUCCCAUUUCCAAUAGGUUACCGUUGUAUCACCAGGACCAAGCCAGCAUUCUUCAUUCGCCCUGUUCGUGUACAAAUCACUGUGCGCAACAUGAAAAAUCCUCGUGAAAACUCAGCGAUCUGCCCAAUGGUUUGUGUGUCCCUAGUGCACAACAACUUUGCAAAUGACUGCCAGAGACCCAGACCCUUCCAACACUCUGUCCUCUUGUGUGCCUCUGGUUGCUGCCUCCCCAACCUUCCUCAAGUGGGCCCUAGCAUUCUACACACCAGAAAAGCCCAAACUAGACAGCUCUGCUUGCGACAACAGUAUGUGAUGCAGUUCUAAAGAAGGAAAAGGCAAAAAGGACAAAUUAUGGCUCACCACACAUCUGAUGAUCCUCCUUGCUCAGUAUCAAUCUAACCAGGAAAUGCAAGCACUCACACAUGCAUCUGAGCAAUCGAGAAUGCAGUCCAAGAUUCAAACCUGUACCUUAACAUGGAAAGAGACCUCCAGCUACCACCCCGCUUGGAACCCGACACCCAUCAGACGAUGCCUGGAGAUACGGAGAGCAGUGGAGACGAGUGAGCGAGCUGGUGACCCAGUAAAGCAUCUAAGCAACUAUCCCUCUUCGUAUAGAAAGUCAACGAAUCGAGGAGGAGCAGCAGGAGGCGCAGCAGCAGCAGGAGGAACAGGAGGAGGGGAAGGGCGAGAAGGGGGAGGAGGUGGAGGAGGAGAUGGAGGAGGAGCAGCAGGAGGAGCAGCAGCAGCAGCAGGAGGAGCAGGAGCAGCAGGAGGAGGGGAAGGACGAGGAGGAGGAGGACGUGGGAGAGAGGAGGAGGAGGAGGAGGAGGAGACGCCGAAGUAGAAGAAGAUGAUGAUAAGGAAGAUGAGGAAGAAAAGAGGGGCAUGAAUCAUGCGCCAAGGACAGAAAAUAGAAACACGAAAAAUGUGAUGGCCCACGAAGAUGAAGACGGUAUUUCUCACCUUCCUAUAAACGACUUCAAGUGAAGGUUUGGCACCCACACGUGGCAAGCGCUACGGUAGCCACAGACGAUCAACGUGACGUGGCGAACGUCAUCCACAUUCGCGUGAGAUGCCUGACCACGUGAACAUUAUCUACGAAGAGCGUGACGUGGCGUUACGUGUUCAGAACGACGUGACGUGGCGCUACGUUAUCCAGAUUGACGUGACGUGGCGUUGCAUUAUCCAGAUCGACGUGACGUGGCGAACGGUCCAAAAUUCCUGAACGGCUCGAUUUACGAUACCGACACAGGGGGACGUGACGCUUGGGGGAGGGCAAGCCUACAAAAUGAAGCCAGAGAAAUAGA